CACCAUAUCUCUUCAAAUUUACAUACAUCUGGAUUCUCAUAUAAGAAAGACACAUUUAGACAAAUUAAAAAAUAUGCAAGAAACACAUGACCCAAUUGAUUCGUCAGAACGUGUUUCAUCACUUGAAACAAACAUAAUGUUUAUGUCAGUAAAUAUUGCAACUAAAAAAAAUAUAUGGGAAUAUUAUAUAAAUCUGACGGAUUUUAUAGCACAGUGCAAGUAUUGUGAAAUUAAAUAUAAUUAUAUAAAUGAUGCACACUUUAAACGUCAUAUAAAAAGUUUCCAUACAAAAAUUUUGCAAUACGAAGAAGAGAAAAAAUUAAUAAAAGGACCAUGGAUGUAUUUCAAGUAUUCAGAUGAACUAUUAUCACAAUGUAUUAUUUGUAAUGCAGAUAUUCUGUCUACAUCUAAAUCUGAAGAUUUUGUUGAUCACUUGAGUUCGCAUUCUGAAGAACAACGGAAGAAUCAUAUCCUUCAAAAUUGGAAACGGAAAUAUUGGACACAACGAAAUGAUUUUGAGGUGGAGUGUAAUAUUUGCAACAACACCAUAUCUCUUCAAAUUCACAUACAUCUGGAUUCUCAUAUAAGAAAGACACAUUUAGACAAAUUAAAAAAAAAGCAAGAAACACAUGACCCAAUUGAUUCGUCAGAAUGUGUUUCAUCACUUGAAACGAAUAUAAUUUUUAUGCCACUAAGUAUUGCUACUAAAGAAAAUAUAUGGGAAUAUUAUAUAAAGCUGGCGGAUUUUGAAGCACAGUGUAAGUUUUGUGAAAAUAAAUAUAAUUAUAUAGAUAAUGGAAACUUUAUACGUCAUAUAGCAAAACUCCAUGAAGAAAUUUGGAAAUACGAAGAAGGGGGAAAACUAAGAAAACGGCCAUGGAUGUAUUUCAAGUAUUCAAACCAAUUAUUUUCACAAUGUAUUAUCUGUGAUUCAAAAGUUCUAUCUACAUCUAAAUUUGUAGGGGAUCACUUGAAUUUGCAUUCUAAAGAUCAACAGAACAGUCAUACAUUUCGAAGUUGGACAGAGAAAUAUUGGAUACAAAGAAAUGAUUUUGUGGUGGAGUGUAAUAUUUGUCACGACAACUUACCUCUUUCUAUUCAGGAAUGUUUGGAUUCUCAUAUAAAAGAGACGCAUUCGGACAAAUUAAAAAUACGCAAGAAACACAUGACCCAGUUGGUUCAUCAAAUCGCAUUUCAUCAUAUGAAACAGACAGAACGUUUAUGUCACUGAAAGAUUGUUAUGUAUUGUUAAAGAGAUGUCCACCUUAUAAUCUUUACAUAUAAGAAAUAUAUAAAAAAUUUUAAUCUCGAAGAACAACAUUCAUUUUUCAACUCAUUUGCGUGAAAUGUAUUAUUUGUGAUGAGAACGAUUUAUUUGUAUCUAAAAAUUUUGAAGGUUAUUUACGCUCGCAUUCUAAAGAACAAUUAAAAAACAUACAUUUCAGAGUUGAUUAUAUACCAGGGGGUACAUACCAAAAGUCAUGAUUGAAGUAAACUGUAAUGCUAGUCACAGAAGCACAUCUGUUGCUAUGAGGACGCAUUUCAAUGACCAUGUUAAAGAUGAACAUCAUUUGGCAAGCCAACUAAACUGAAAAAAAUGUUAUUUAUCCUCCCCCAGAAGAUGACAUGAUAGAAAUGAGUAUGAUGAUAAUGGCAUCCAAGUACCAAUUAGCAAUAAUGGCAGUCUUGAUUUUGACGGUUUUAAAUUACUAAAAGAACAAUGGCGUAUA